AUGAUGAUUCGAAGCGUUGCUGGUGCUCUACGACGCAGUGUUGCCGCGCCCUUGGCGCAGCCCGUUCGCAUGCCGCGGGUGGGCGCGGUGCGAGCACUGUCGACGUCGUACCCGCUGCUGUCGUCAUCGCGACCUGAUGUGCCUAACCCUUCGCAGACGGAUCAAGGCAGUACCGGCCCAGGACAGUCGCAGCCUGCUUCGGGACCCUCGGGCACGGUUCCGGACCGCACACUCUCCGAUCCGUACCCGCUGCCGUUUUCGCCGGACAUUGUGGACCUCAACAACGCCGAUUCGGGUCCCGAGUCCGGACCCCAGUCCAAGUGGGCGGGCGUCAACCUGGCUUCCGACCGUCAGACUCUCGACGAUGUCGAUGCCCCCAUGCGCGUUCCCGGUAGAGAGGCCGAGGACAGGACCACAAAGAUCGCUCGGCUUGUGUACCAGUGUCGCAAACGUGGUACGCUCGAGACCGAUCUGUUGCUUUCGACGUUUGCCAAGAAGGAGCUCAAGAACUUGCCCAAUGAGGAACUCGACGAAUUCGACCGCCUACUCGACGAGCCAGACUGGGACAUCUUCUAUUGGUGCACGCUGCGCAAGCCCAUCCCCGAGCGCUGGCACGACUCCUUCCACACCGAGGGCAAGCUCGGCCACCGACUCAUCCAACACACAAAGAACGAGGAAAAGGCCGUACGCUGGAUGCCCGAACUCUAA